AUGGACGUGUUGCCGUUCAACUUUGCCACUUUGAGACUCUGCGGCAUCUGGCACGAGGAAAACGAGGAAUUAAGCUUGGCGAGGAAAUGUUACGGUUUCACCGUCAUCUUCGUCAUUUUUUACUUCACGUUUAGCCUCACGGCCGGAUUGGCCCUCAAGGAGUUCAACGUGAGGGACUUCACGGAAUCGACGUUCCUCGCGUCGACGUACCUGACGCUCUGCUUGAAAAUCGCCAACUUCGUGCUCCGCCGGGACGAACUGCUCGACAUCGUGAACGACCUCUGCGUGCACCACUGCAAAGCUAGGGACGCCGAGGAGUCCCGGAUACUGGCGAGCUACGCCAUCACCUCGAAAACCCUGUCCACGCUCAUGAUGGCCCUCACCUACUUCUGCUUCUCCAGCUACAACUACGGUUUCGUGUUCAAGGCCAUCGGGGGAGUCCAUCAAGACGAGCUGCCCUUCUUGACCCACCAGUUCUACAACGUGUCCAGCCCGAGGGUCUUCUACGCCACGGCUACUCUUCAAUUCGUCUCGGCCAUAUACGGCAUCGCCAUCAACAUCGCCUUCGACACUAUGUGCGUCGGCCUGCUCAUUACAUUGGCCGGACAGUUGGACUUGAACGCCCACAGACUGGCAAAGUUGCAGCAUGGAAGUAUCGCCAGGAUAAGGGAUUGCGUGGCCCACAACGUCCUCAUUCACGAGGUCAUCGAGAAAGUCGAGUCCUUCGUCAUCGGGGUCACCGUGCCUUUCUUCCUGUUCUGUGUGAUAAGCAUCGUCGCGAGUACGUUCCAGAUGCACAAGGUUUCGGGUAUUGCGGAUGCGGUGUACAGCAGCGAUUGGUUGGCGAUGAACGGCGAGGAGAGGAAAAUGUUGCACAUGCUCAUGUUGAACAACCAGGAAGGCCGUACCAUUUCGUACCGUGGACAAUUUGCCCUUAACCUGGACACCUUCGUUUGGAUGAUAAAAACGUCUUACGCGACACUCAAUUUGCUGCACAACGUCAACAUUUGA